GUUUCGGGUAUUCAGAUACUAGAAGACUUGAACCAUUUUGCCUGGGAGUCAUGUUAUCGAUUUGUAUGAAUUUUGUCCAAAUAUUUGCAAGUCAUGGUUCGAAUUAUGAUAGGGCUGAGCCAGCUCCCUGUCUCCCGCCCAAGAGGCAAGGCAUAUUGCUUCUUCGCCGAUCAACUGAACGUAGAGUCAAUAAUCAGGAACUUAUGCUUCUGGUUUCACGGGAAUAUGCCCGAGAAUGCAAAGUCAAAUUCACCACCUUCAGCGAUGAUCCUGAAACCAUCACGCCAUCUCAGUCCUAAAACGCAUACAUGUCACUUGAGUCUUUGAAAGCUCCAGCAGCUUAGCUCCCCCAAGGCCAAGGAUCUAAGAUCAAGAGUUAAGCCCAGUACUGAAAAGAGGCUCCAAUGAUUCGCCGGCGGGAUUUUGAAGGAUGAGCUUUCUGAGACAUUUCAGAUGCGAAGUCAGCAUUUGCCUUGGACGCUCUUGGGAAUCAUUUCAUCGUUUUGAAAAGCUGUCAACCUGUUGCAGAAAUUGGACAGAGGGCUCCAUUUCAGAGUCAGUACCUAGGAGGUAUUGCGGAAUUUCGAUGAUUUCGUCUAACCGAGCUCAAAAGAUGGUGAGGAAUCCAAGCUGUCAAAGAAAAUAGGGUUAUGUAAAGAGGGGAAGUGAAUUGCGUCUAUCUUAUUCCGGGGACUGGAUCCGCAUCCGCAUGCGCAUUCUAAUUGGUACAAUAGUCUGAAGUUGUCUCACUGAAUAACAUGACGGAGACAGUUGAAGAACUGAUCGUCUUUCCAUUGGACAGAGAGUUCUCGACCUGCAAAUUACGCGAGAACCGCUAACAAAUGACGUUCGGAUGGAACGGCACUUGCACCAUUGUGGCUUUCGACAUUAAAACCCUAAUGAUUGUCUUCACGGACGUUGCGCCGAAGCAUGUGAGAGGUCAUCAGGAGAUCUCUGGGCAGUUUUGCUCGUAGAAAUCACGGGUGAGACUGGUGGCGCCCUCGGCCUGGAGGUUUAGGAUUAGCCUCCAGUGAGUGCUCCGAAGAGGUGCAUGUACUUUUCGGUCCGUACAACCUUACGAUGCGUGUCUUGGAGUUACAGACUCACAUCGAGGAGACUGCCAUUGCGGUAGAUCGGACUAGUGCCUGAACUUUAGAAAAGCCACAAGUUUGGCAUGAAAAGAGGGAUUGACUUUGUCCUGAUUCGUGCCUCCAAGACGUGGAAAUGGAAAUGGAAUAUCUUAUUGCCGGCACCAUUACCAAGAUCCAUUGGCUUGGUGCGAGUAACGUAACGUCGGGAGCAUCUUGCUGAAGGAGCCAAGGUAUUUCCAAUAGCCCAAGUGAAGAGAGAUGAUGCUGUCAUGCUGUUUCACUAUCCAGGCCAGCCUGCGGAUAAUAUUUGCUGUACUCUACCAGAUCAAGAUACUGGACUGGUACCCGCAGCACAGGACGACUCUCAUCAUCUCAUGACGGUGGAUAGAUCCAUAGCCAGGUUGUCGGUACUCGAACAGGAUGAUCUCCCGGCAUUACGAAUCGCAAUCAAAAGUAUGCCAGGUUCGCCAAAGUCCAGGACUUUAUUGAAACUCACCCCGCGUCGAUGGAAAACAAAGAAACAAGAUGUGAGAUGACAUUAUAUAUCUCUGGCGGCUGUCUCAUCAUAAUUGCAUAAAUCAAUCAAUCAAUCAUUUCAGCACGGUCGUGACUCGUGCAGGAAGAGUCACUGACGGAAACUGAGCUGCUGGGCAAAACUGUACGAGCAAGAUGGGCGGGCUCAUGGAGGGGCUGGAGGAUUUGGAUCAAGGGAAGUGGUGUCGGUGGUGCAACUUGCAAGGUGUGCAAGGUGCAAUUGCACGCUGACCCGCAUCAGCUUAGCGGCUGAUAGACGGCUGUCAAAUGGCCCGCUCCAGAACACUUACAGGGCAUCUCUCCGCAUGAUGCCUGCAGCCUUUAGCGGGGACAGCACCAAUCAGUCCCGGCGUCCAGUGACUCCAGUCAGGCACCCAAGAGCACCGACCCGCCCUACUCUGCUUCUGGCAAGGCCUGGCCCGGCAGGACUUCGAUUCCUUGCUGGAUCUGCGGUUCUAGAUCGGCCCACUGUGGUCGUCCAGGCCCAAGGCCCAAGGCCCAAGCCAAGCCCACCAGUGUCACCACGCCCGACCGACGGCUUCUAUCCAGCCAGACACCACCACCGCAGGUCCACAGCGCAGCGCAGCGCAGCACAGCAAAGCAAAGCACUACCCGCAACACAGCACUACCUACCUACCUAGGUAGAUCGGGUUCGGAUUCCAGAACUGAGGAAGCCUUUUGACUUUACUGCGAGGCCAUGCCAGGAGAGGAUAACGCUACGAGUACGCUACAGCAGCCUCACCAAGAGCUCCUCUCGCCCUCGCCCUCGCCCUCAUCUCAUGCCCGAGAUGCCCCCCUAAGCCUAAGCCUGGAAUCAACAUAGUCCCCACCAAAAGAGAGUCUGAAGCCCGCAGCCCGCAGCCCGCAGCCCGCAGCCCCGGCAUGCUAAUACCCUAUGUCUUGCGAACUUCUCUCCGUCUUUACGUCGACGAGUCCAGACCCCGUCAUUAAUCACAGCUUCUAGGUUGUAGCCUUCCGUGACUGUCCUCCCUGACCCGCCCACCUCUCACCACCAACGUCUACACUGUCUCCAAACCUACUGUGCUCGCAAACCUCGUUAGGAUCGAGUCGGGAACGGGAUACUGGACGCACACAAGAACGACGACAUUUGUGGAGGAUUCAAGGGUGCCGCUUUCAGGAACGAAGAAUUAAUCUGAGGACCAGACGACUUCCUUUCUGCUGGUUGCUGAACCAGAAUUCACUGGUUUAUUAUCCAAUCUCGUGUCUGGGUGGAAGCAUUGUCCAACACUGUAUGCAUUUCUACCAACAGCGGAGGAUCGUGGGAUGCAAAUGCACGAGAUAUCCUCCCUCCCGAACGCUUUCGAAGCCCGACCUUGUGGGCCCCGGACAUAUCGACCGUUACGGCAACGAGCAAGAGGCCGCUUGGAGAAGGAUAUAAAGGGAUCCUGCGUCAGACAGACUGAAGAGGGGGCGAUGGAGACGGACGUGGAAGAUGGGGACACUCAAGAACCGCCAAUAGACAGCCUCAUCGAACGAGCCUCGUUAUGUGUACCCGACUACGCAAACAAUACCGUACUCCACCAUGGGGAUGAUGGUUUCAAGGCUGCGCUCCGGCAAUACUUCCCAUCUGGAGAGAGCAACGUUACAGAGAGGUUGAUGGAGCUGAAAUCACAGCUGAAGAGCGCUUCGACACAUGACUUUUGGGGUAUCCUGAUGGAGGAAAUUUGUGAUAUCCUUGGGGCCCAGUCUGCAUAUGUCGCCAAACGGAUGCUUGUGGAUGACCAAGAUAGUGCGAUUGAGAUGCCCGAGCUAGGCGAGCCUGGAUCAUGUCUGAUGGGAGUCGCCUUUUAUCUCAACAAUGGGAAGGAUCCGAAGCAAAUGUUUCGGGACUACCGGUACCAUGCCUUUGGGACUCCGUGUGCCCACAUGCGCCAUGACAAGGUUUUCAUCGUUCCUGAGCGACUGUCAGAAUUUACGCCCAACAAUCCCAACAGCUUUGGAUUCCAUGAAGAGGCUUACAUCGGAGUGCCCCUCUUCACGGAAGGAAGGUGCUUCGCCCACUUUGGCGUGGUUUGGUCUUCUGAAGGUGCUACCAAGAGGAAACUAGGGUGGCCGUUCAUUGAGAUGUUCUUACAUUCUCUCGAAGAUAUGAUAUUGCAACGACUACUAGAAGGAAGAGGGUUCGUCAAGGAGAUGGCACCUACCGACUCGGCUUCCGCAAAGGUCAUCCCACUCACGGCUAUCACUGCCACUCAGUCCUUAAAGCCGUAUGCUCGGAGCCUCUCGCACGAAUUGAGAACGCCUAUGCAAGGAGUCGUUGGUAUGUUGGACAUCAUGUAUUCGACCGUCCUCGAUGCCAUGGAACAUCAGCAAAGCGAGCGAGUGCGAUCCGUUUUCGCGGAUCUCAAAACUCACAUUGAGGUUGUUCAAGAGAGUUCCCGACGAGCAGUAGAGGCAGCUGACAAUGUUGUUCAUGCUUAUGACCUUAACAUGCAAAUGCCCGAGACACCAUUGUCUGCAAAUGACUUGACGAAUUCAUUCAAAGGAACAUCCGGGCCCUCAUUAUUUCAUCGACGAUGGUCCGGUUCUGAUUCGAUCCCAAUUGUCAUGAAACGGAAGCGGAUCGAAGAACUAAACUUCGAGCCUGGCCCUCCCCUCAAGCGGAGAUUAACAGUCACAGAAGCCGAAAUCAUCAAUUCAUACUGUGCGGGUCAAACUAUCACUGCCUCAAGCCCAUCGACAAGCAGGACAACCUCAAGCACUGAAACCUCAAUGUCCACGAUGGCAUCAUCAGUAUCCUUGAGCGCCCCUCAUUCACCUGAGCAGAAGCAUAUCACUUCAGCAGUCCUGAGUCCGACCCAUCGUCGUGUUAUCACACGCGAGUUCAUGCGGAGCCUUGUGAACGAAGCAUUACGAAAUGGUCGUACUACCAGCGAGGUUCAUGAAGAGACGGAUCUAGGAGAGCAUAUCCACAUUAUAUCUACAGGAUCGAAUGGCGAACCUCAAGACAGGACGAUACACUUGGAGAUCGGAUCAGAUGUGCCAGAAGUUAUCAUAACCGAAGAACAACAUCUGCAAUUCGCGCUGCAGAAGCUCGUUGACAAUGCCAUCAAAUUUACCGAGCAUGGCACGAUUAGCAUCACAGUCAAGAUCGCAAGAAGUCUGCAGGUAGUUGAGAUCUGGGUUGUCGAUACAGGGUGUGGCAUAUCGGAGGAGUCGAAGUCGAGUCUGUUCAAACCUCACUUCCAGGAAGACGCAUCUAUCAGCCGAUCAAGAGAUGGUCUUGGGCUGAGUCUUUUCAAUGCGAAGGCUCAUGUGCGAAAGAACCUUGGCGGCGAUGUAACAUUGGAGCGGUCGUGCACUCACGGGCCACAUAAAGGCUCGGAGUUCCUGAUCAGGUUACCAAUCUCAGCACUAGAGACUGGCAAGACCGAUACUCCUCUCGUCGGUACCCCACCGCCAGGUGGAUUUGACUCUCCUCGACUGUCGCCCCUUCCUGAGUCCUCUAUGGACUCGAGACCCGUUUCCGCACAGUCUGAACCCGAACAGAAGCGGGCAAAAUCAACGGGUAAACGAGUUGCCUUCAAUCCGAACCUUGCCCAGGACUAUCCACUGAACAUACUGAUCGCCGAAGACAAUGCUAUCAACCGUGACGUUGCUGUCGGUUCUCUGAAGAAGCUCGGUUACAGCAAGAAUAACAUUACGUUGGCAUUCGACGGCGCCGAGGCAGUCAAGCAUUACGAGGCCUCGCUGGACAAGCCACAGGCAGAGAGGUUCCAUGUGAUAUUGAUGGAUAUAUGGAUGCCGAACCUCGAUGGUUACGGUGCGACGACACAAAUUAUGAACUUAUCACAGCAACGCGGACUGCCCACCAAGAUCAUCGCCGUGACAGCGGAUAUCACUGAGGAUUCGGUCGAUCGAGCGAAGGUGGCAGGCAUGCAAGGAUUCCUUGCAAAGCCUUACAAGGUGUUUGAUAUCGAGCGCCUGAUCGUGGAACAUUUUGAUAAAUGUUGCUAGACAAGAGGGAUUGGAUGAUAUUACAAGAGAUGACAUGGGAUGAGUUGAGAUGUGCAGUUUCGCUACUUUUUCCUUUGUACUAUCUUUCUGGAGUUAGGGCACAGGUCUGCUCAUAGCGAAUGCAUCUUAGCGUUUUGGGGUAUCUGGCGCUCAGGUUUAGGAGUUGGUCUGCGACUGGGAUCGGAUGCGAAAAUACAUGGUAUUUGGAGUGUAUUCUUGGGUGGGUUGGUUCAUAAACCCUGGCGUUCGAAGGGAUAAAGAAGGGAAAAGGGACCGGGAAUGAUUGAAAUGAGUGCGCCAUGAUGAAGAAGAGUGGCGGCUGUAUCUAUUAGCCUUGGUGGAGGAGUAAUACACUGUAUGACAGUGAUCUAAAGUAGUAAUACACUUUAUAUAAGACCUGA